AUGAUUGACGCGCAGUUGCAUUUAUCAUCUCGAUUUAUCGAUGUAAAGGAAACGCCGGUCAUUGAUUGUGCUUCUGCGAUAGGGAAGUUCUUGAUUCUUCCGGCCGACCGCAACGCGCAGUCAACGGUUGGACUCGUCCCUAAAAAGCUUUGGCUGAUUGUGAAGAAAUUACCAAGUGGCAAGCACCAGUUACAAGAAUCUGAUAUUAUUAAAUUGGGACGUUUUAAAUUGAGAGUUAAACAGCUGGUUAAAUCAGGAGCAGCAUUACCCGAACUUCGUCUCGAUGAUCUCGAAACUCCACAUUCCGUCAUCACUCCAGAAGAAGCGAGCACAAUGCAAUGUCGUAUUUGUCUAUUGGACGGCGGGACUGCUGAGGAUCCUCUCCUUUGUCCUUGUCAAUGCAAAGGAUCCAUUAAAUUCGUACAUCUUGAUUGCUUGCGUCAUUGGAUUAAUGGACGGUUAUCAAUAUCAGAUGAUCAACAAAAAGCGUCUUUUUUCUUUAAACAGCUUCAGUGCGAGCUGUGCAAGGCUGCAUUUCCAUCAGCAGUGAUUCUUAAUAAUGAACGGGUAUCGAUCGUACGCGUUCCCAAAAUCGAGCCUCCAUUUAUCAUUCUCGAAAAUAAUGUCGGUACGAACAACAGAGGUUUACAUGUUGUCAGCAUGCAUGCGAAGAAAGAGUUGAAAUUGGGACGUGGUCAUGAAUCUGAUAUCCGUAUCGCCGAUGUUUCAAUUUCUCGAUGGCAUGCAAAAAUUCGAUUUGCUGACGGCGAAUUCACGCUUGAGGAUCAUGAUUCCAAGUUUGGGACUUUAGUGUCCUUGCGAAGAAUGCAGCCAGUAGAGGAGACACAUGAUUUGUCUGUCCAAGUGGGAAGAACAGUGUUGACAAUGUCUAUUCGUAAACCAACAUUUCAUUUCGAGGAUGUCGCUGAUCUGAAUGAAGAACCAUUUCCUCAAUUUCCAGAAACAGAUCAAGAUGAAGAAGGGGGUCAACAACAACAACGAGGAAACUAUUUCAACCAAGACAUGACGACACGAUAG